AUGACUGCUGCUGCCCCUGCCUCCCAAGACGACAACACCGCCGCCCGGCUGCGGGCCCUGAUGGUGCGGGCGCCGACCGCGGUCGCGUUCGUGUCGGGCCAGCGGUUCGAGGUCGUGAGUGAGGAGUUCAACCACCUGUUCGGCUUCGGAGACGACGCCGACCUGAGCGGCCAGUCGACCCGGGUCGUCCACACCACGGACCUGGCCCACACCGGCCUGAGCGAGCGAGCCGCCGCAGCCUUCGGCGCCGGGCAGCCGCUGGACGAGGAGAUCGAGUACGUCAAGCGUGACGGCCACCGCUUCUGGGGUCGUUUGCAGGCCACGCCGGUGCACUGGGAAGCCCCGAACGGCGAGGCGCUCUGGAUCAUCGAGGAUGUAUCGGCCGCCCGCGCGCAGCGCCUGCAGCCGACCUGGACCGGCCAAGCACGACACCGUCACCGAACUGGCCAACCGCCGCGAGUUCGAGCGCCGACUGAACGAGCAUGUCGGCAGCCGCCGCAACGAGCCGGUGUCGAUGCUGUGGCUGGACGUGGACCGCUUCAGUGA